AUGGUCUCUAUACUUCUACUUCUCACAGUUAGCCUUGUUGGGUUAUAUCUCGUUCGAUCUCUCUUGGGCAAAAAGCAGUCUCUGGGAGUCUUACCACCAGGUCCUCCCCGAAAACCAAUAAUCGGCAACCUAACGGACCUGCCAUCCCACGAUGUGCGUGAUUGGGAAUACUGGCUGAAGCACAAAGACCUCUACGGUCCAAUUAGCUCAUUGAGCAUAUUCAGCGACAAUAUCGUCAUCCUCAAUGACGCCCGCUUCGCACGAGAAAUUCUCGAAAAGCGCUCUUCCAUCUGGUCCUCCAGACCUAGUUGGAACUUCGGUAAAAUGGCCGGUUGGGGUCAGAUUCUAGGCACCUUGGAAUAUUCCGAUCCUUCGUUUAAGGACAUGCGGAAGGCCUUGGGCCAUCAGAUUGGGUCGAGGACGGCUGUGUCUCGAUUCAACGCGGUGCAGAGUCUUGAGGUUCGUCGGUUCCUACUUCGCGUGCUGGAGGACCCGGAUAACCUCCUUCAGCAUAUACGCAAAGAGGCCGGUGCUAUUGUUUUAAAAGUCGCAUAUGGCUAUACGAUUGAGCCACAUGGGCAUGACCCCCUCGUUGACCUCGCUGAUGAUGCUAUGGCUACUUUUGGGUUGGCGAUUCUUCCCGGGACGUGGGCAGUGGAUUUUAUUCCCAUCUUGAAACACGUACCUACAUGGUUUCCGGGGGCUCAGUUUGCACGAAUGGCCAAGCAAUUCCGAAAGAGUGUUGCGGCUUUCAGCGAUGUGCCCUAUGCAUUUGUGAAACAUAAACUGGCUCAGCAAGACGUUGAGCCCUCUUUUGUCGCCGGGUUACUCCAGAAUAAUAAGAACCAGCCUGGGUCCGGGUCGUAUGAAGAAACGGUGAUAAAGUGGGCUGCUGCGUCGCUCUAUGGUGGGGGAUCUGAUACGACUGUAUCCGCCAUGUCUAGUUUCUUCCUUGUGAUGGCGCUCUUCCCCGAGGCCCAACGGAAGGCGCAAGCGGAAAUUGAUCGUGUGGUAGGGCCAGACCGUCUACCUAGUUUCCAGGAUCGUGAGAAUCUCCCGUAUAUCAAUGCCAUGGUCAAAGAAAUCCUGCGGUGGCAUCCAGUGCUCCCAAUGGGUACCGCGCACACUUCCGUUCAGGACGACAGGGCUUUUACGCACGACCCCAGUACCUACCCAGAUCCUCACGCCUUUAAGCCAGAACGCUUCCUAAGCUACGAAGGACACGACCCAGAGGCCAAUCCGUAUUACUUUGUCUUCGGGUUCGGCCGCCGUGUAUGUCCAGGCCGCACACUAGCCGAUGCGAACCUGUAUAUCUCCAUUGCUCAAUCGGUGGCAGCCUUUGCCAUCACUAAGCCGACUCAAAAUGGCAAGGAGGUUAACCUACGGGCCGAAUAUCAAGCGAGUGCGAUCAGUCACCCGAUGCCAUACAAGGUUACGAUCACGCCGCGUAGCCCGCGGUAUGAGGCGCUCAUUCGGGCUGUGGAAACCCAACAUCCGUGGGAAAAGAGCCAUGCUGAAGAACUUACGGAGAUAGGUCGGUGA